ACUUAUUAUGAACAUAGGUCAAGUUUAGAGAGUCCGCAUCCACUACAAACAUUGUUUACGUCGGUCCAGUAAUGUUCUGAUAUGUGUUUGUGUUACUAAACAUGCAAUAAUUCCAAACAUUUUGCUCAAUCAUCUAAUUCCACCGCUAACAUAAUCGCGAGUGUUUUGUUUUCUAUCAAGUUACACCAAAACCAAGUGAAUAUAAACGUCAGAAGCUUCGAAACUAACCUCUAAACACAAACUCCACCAGAAAAUGUCGCCAGAACUCAAUGGAAAUCAGCCGGUGCUACCGAAACGAAACAAAAAGAAUCGCAAACACGCCAGCACAUCCAACAUUCGCCAAACAUUCCCGAUGGCCGCAUGCAAUGUGCCUUACAUGAACUCAUACUGCACAUAUCCCACAGCACCAUCAUUUGCAAUUCAUCCAGAACCAAUGUCACUACCAAUAUAUCCACCCAGCUACCACCAUUACUCAUCCACACCUGUCUAUAACUCCGGUGGAUUCAACUCACACGGCAUGAAUGCAGCCAGCAUGAACACACCCAGCAGGAUGUUCCCACACAAGAAUUUCGCACCAGAGGAAUGCAUGUCUCUGCCUGUUGUUAAAGAUGAAGUUGAAGAAGAUCCCGGCCAGAGAAGAUUUUCAGAUCCAGGUGUGCCAAACGACAGUGAUUCUGGCAGUGAGAAUGAGAGCAUGUUUCAGUACUUGACACAUCAGGUGAAUGUACUACAGGAAAGCAACAGACAACUGAUGAGAGAAGUCACAGAACUCAGAAUGGAGCUGAAUAUACUCAAACAACAACAGAUGCAUUCGAAUAAUUUCGAUCGGGAUUAUGAACCAGGCAUGAUAUCAGAUUUUAUCAAAGAAAUUCGUGAUGCUGCAAGAAUUAGAGAAGAUGCUUUGCUUGCCAAAGUGAAGCACAUUGUAGAAGAGAAACAAUUUUCAGAUAGCCAGUUGCAAAUGGCUAGCGAGAAGAAGCACCACAAUGACCGCAUCGCUAAGCUGGAGGAACAAAUGAAGCAUAUGAAUUUUACUACGACUUCCGGUUUAGCAACAAUGGCUAAUAUUGGCAAUAAUAGUCUAAGAGUUGGACUUGGUGCUGCUGGUGAAGAUAUGUCGCUGCCAUCAACUUCCAUUUCGCUAUCGGAAGAGAACUCAAUCGCGCAUUCGCUAGCCGCAAAUCGACAGGUUUGUGAACUUGAGAGAGAAGUUCUCCAGCUAAGGCGAGAAGUACAAGAUUCACGUGCGAAAAAAGAAGAAAGCGAUAAUAAAAUUAUGCUGCUGGAAAAACGCAUCUCGUUGCUACACCGACGCGAAUCCCUCGCCGACGACAAGACUUCUGUAACGUCCAUGGCGUCGUCGACGAUGGACAACAUCUCGCUCGUCACCAGCACACAAUCAUCGCUGGUAUCUUCAUCGCCACUGCAUAAUCAUCAACACAAGUUCAUGCAGGUCGGGCCUGUUACGGAUCUUUGAUUAGAGUUUGAUUUGCAAUCAAAUUUCCAAAUGAAAAGACAUUUACGGCGAUUUUUACACGAUGCAGUGAAAAUAUACAUUUUAAAACGUUAAAGAAAAACAUGCAAAGCUGUUAAAUGAGGUUAAAAUUAUGUGACAGCUGUCAAAAUGGUGUUUGGGUGCUAUAACCGAUAGGUGGCGCUGUGAUAAGUCUAUUUUUGAUGCAAAAUCAUAUAUUUUUGAAACAUUAGGAUCUCAUUUAUUCAACGUAGUGACAAAUAAUUCAUACAUUCCGUGCAUGCAACGUAAUUUAUUAUUAUUAUUAAUAUUGUUAAUGAUUACGUAGUUAGUAUUCGUUCUUUUUUUCGGCGAGAUAAUUAGAUCGAUUGACGAAUAAUUGACAAAUAAGAAAUUGCCAUUCAUUGUUCGGGCUGUAAUUAAAUGUCCAUCAAUCAAACGCAAACGUGGAUUAAAGCCAAAAAAAAAAAGAAUAUUUGGACAUUAAUUCGGUUAAGGAAAUAAAGUACUUAGAAUAAUAAAUAUCUAGCUAUAAAAAUAUUAAAUCUAUAAUAAACUUAUAGAAUAGAAUAUUUUUCUACAUGCAACGCUUCAUAAUAAUUAGAGAUAUUAAUUAGCUGCUCACUUAACAUUCGACUGAUCAAGCAAACAUUCCACUACUUAUAAUAAUACUACAAAUACUAAGCAAUCGAUUAAAAUUAAAAUGUCACGCGCUAUAAUUUUAAUGUUUUAAUUUUAAGUUAAGUUACAAGCUAAAUAUUUCAUAUCACAGUUGUUGCGAAUGUUCAAUUUGCGCGCAAUAAAACUCAGUUUAUCGAUUAGUACAUAUCGAUGUGGUUAAAUAUUGAAAAGGAAGACUACUAUUUACACUAGUUAUUCGUGAGUUAUGAUAAAUAUUAGUUAUUGUUGCAGCUAUGUAUUUAUUUUCACAUAUAACAAGCAAUCGCUCAUCAAAAUAUCCCCAUCUCAGCUUGUUAAACAUUCGGUUAAUUAUUAUUGUCAUCAUAUCACAUUGUAAUAUUACUACAAAUAUAUGUAGUCAAGAGAAUAAAAUCAACACACUUGAAAGAA